AUCAACAAAAAAAAAACACAAAAAAGAAACAAGAAGAAAAACUUGCACAAAAACAAGUAAAAAGAAAAAGGAUAGUCCUUGGAUCCAACAUUUAGCUUUCCUCGUCAAUCCAACAACAACGUUAGUUCUUUCAAAAUCGGAAGACAACCCAUUUUACACAACCACAUAAAGAACAGAAAACCAAAAGCAAAAAAGAUUUUUUUUUUUCCCCUUUUUCUUGUCUCGGGUUUAGUUUCACAAUUUGAUUGAUUCGGCCAUUGUGUGUCUUUUGGUGCUCUUCAGUUCUGGUUUCGGUGAAAAAAAAAUAUGCUUACUGCGACAUUGCAUACGUUAAGGAUUUUGUUGUUGUGAUGUGGGCAUUGUGGGGUAUUGAUGGAUGAAGGUGAAUAGGGGUGUGGGGUGGGGGGAAGGUUUAACCAAAGUGGAUACCUUUAAGAGAAUGAGCAAAGAAAUCAAUGGCAUUGUGAAGGCUUGGGAAACAACAGUGCGUAAAUCAAGUGGUGCAAAGAAAAGGACAAACAGCAUCUUCACACCGAUGUUUGUGGCCCACGUUGAUGACGAUGAGUCAGCAGCGGUGUGCCAAGUUGAGAAGAUUCUCCCCAAUGGUGACUUCUACACAGGCCAAUGGCUUCAGAGGUUCCCCCAUGGCCAAGGGAAAUACCUGUGGACAGAUGGGUGCAUGUAUGUUGGUGAAUGGAGCAAAGGAACCACCACAGGGAAGGGAAGAUUUAGUUGGCCUAGUGGUGCCACCUAUGAAGGUGAAUUCAAAUGUGGUAACAUGGAUGGGAAAGGCACUUACAUUGGUUCUUCUGGGGACACCUACAAGGGGUCUUGGAUGAUGAACUUCAAACAUGGGCAAGGGACUGAGAGCUACCCCAAUGGGGAUUUCUAUGAUGGGGAAUGGAAGAAGGGGUUGCACAAUGGGCAUGGAAGGUACCAAUGGAAGAAUGGGAACCAAUACAUUGGGCAAUGGAAGAAUGGGGUGUUUUGUGGGAAUGGGACAAUGAUGUGGAGCAAUGGGAAUAGGUAUGAUGGGUGUUGGGAGGAAGGGUUACCUAAGGGAAAUGGUACAUUUAGGUGGGGUGAUGGUAGUUUCUAUGUUGGGGUUUGGAGUCAAGAUCCAAAGGAGCAGAGUGGGACUUUUUACCCUGGUGCUUCUGAUAGGCCUGCAGAUUGGGAUCCUCAAGAUGUGUUCAAUGUGGAGUUGAUUGAUUGCCAGAUUUGUCCUUGUGAGAAGGUUUCAAUUUACCCUUCACAGAAGACAUUGAGUGUGAGUUGUGGAGAGGAGGAUAAUAAGCUAGUGAGUAAGAAGAGAAUUGAUGGGAGUGGGAGGCCAAGGUGGACGUCAGAGGAUGGAAGAAUUAGUAAUUACAACUCUGAAUGUGAAGAUGGGGCUUAUGCUUUUGAUGUUGCUAGGAAAUCUGGAUUUGAUGCCUCGGUGGAUCAUUCAAAUCAGGGUCGGGAUACUAGUUUAUCACGUUUGAGAAUAAAGAAUCCCAAGAGACAAGGAGAGACCAUAUCUAAAGGCCACAAGAAUUAUGAGCUUAUGUUGAAUUUGCAGCUAGGUAUCAGACAUUCUGUUGGAAGACCUGCUCCAAGUGCAUCUCUUGAUUUAAAGAAUUCUGCAUUUGAUCCCAAAGAAAAAGUAUGGACUAGAUUUCCACCAGAAGGAUCCAAGCACACCCCACCCCACCCAUCUUGUGAAUUUAGAUGGAAAGACUACUGUCCAGUAGUGUUCAGGGCUCUCAGAAAAUUGUUCAAAGUUGAUCCUGCUGAUUACAUGAUAUCAAUUUGUGGGAAUGAUGCCCUUAGGGAGCUCUCAUCCCCUGGGAAAAGUGGAAGCUUUUUCUAUUUAACCAAUGAUGAUCGUUACAUGAUAAAGACCAUGAAGAAAGCAGAAGUAAAAGUUUUUAUGAGAAUGCUUCCUGCUUAUUAUAAACAUGUUCGAGCUUUUGAGAACACUCUAGUCACCAGGUUUUAUGGCCUCCAUUGUGUUAAACUAACAGGGAGUGCACAAAAGAAGGUUCGCUUUGUCAUCAUGGGAAACCUAUUUUGUUCUCAACAUGCCAUUCACAAGCGCUUUGACUUAAAAGGUUCAACCUUUGGUCGCAAUACUGAUAAACCCGAAUCAGAAAUAGAGCCAACAACAACGCUCAAGGACCUCGACCUAAAUUUUAUAUUCCGGUUGCAGAAGUCAUGGUUCCAAGAAUUCUGCAGGCAAGUGGAUAGGGACUGUGACUUUCUUGAACAAGAGAGGAUUAUGGAUUACAGUAUGUUGGUGGGUCUUCAUUUCAAAGAAACAACAUCAAGUGGCACUGUUACACCUAGUCGUCAUAGUACAUCGGGUUGCACGCCAACCAGUUUCAAUGAUGCAGGCCCUCGUCUUUCUGGAGUGGAUAUAGAUCAUCUUAUUAUGGAUCCUAGCAGGUGGAUUCAAUUAGGAGUAAACAUGCCAGCUCGAGCUGAAAUGACUAUGAGAAAAAGCACCAGUGACACUCCUCAGUUGGUUGGACAACCAACUGGGGAGUUAUACGAGAUCAUCAUUUUUUUCGGUAUUAUAGACAUAUUACAAGACUAUGAUAUCAGUAAAAAGCUUGAGCAUGCUUACAAAUCAUUCCAAUAUGAUCCAACUUCAAUCUCUGCAGUUGAUCCAAGACUAUACUCAAAACGCUUUCGUGAUUUCAUCUUCAGAGUUUUUGUAGAGGACACUUGAAAGUGUGUAGUUUUGAUGCUAAAUAUUCAACUUGCAACUGGUGGCCACCAAUGUAAAGUUUUAAGGAAAUGACAAAGUUCUAACCAACACAUUGAUGAUACUCAUACCCAGUUUGGCAACCAACACACUUAUUGGAGGCUAUUUGUGAUCAGAAAGGAGAUACAAAUUUUCUAAAUCUUGUUCAUUUUAAUGUCCAUCAUCCUCCACAUCCCUUCUUUUUAGUGGCUUUAUUUUAUUUAUAGUCACAACAAAUGUAUGUUGUAGUGUAGAUCAAUUGAUGUUAAGAGUUAAUUAAAGCCUUUUCCAAUUGUAAAUGAAUUAACAAAGGGAAAACCAAGAUUGGAAAUUAUUCUUUUUUGUAACCAUUUUCUUUGGUCUCCUAAAUGAGGCCUAUGAGAUUCAGCAUUGGAUAAAAUGUACAUACAGAAGAAGAUGAGGUGGAAAAUUAGUUGUGUGCAAAAGUAGAUAAUUUUUAGGAAUGUUGCA